GUCAGUCAAUGAAAUCUCGCGAGAAGGAGCGGAAGCGGCAGCGUGCGCGUUUGUUUGUGAAAGUAAAGGAUGGCAGGACCGUCAUCUGUGGCCGGUGAUGUGUUUGUUGAUGCCCUGCCGUAUUUCGACCAGGGUUAUGAUGCUCCAGGGAUCAGAGAAGCCGCAGCUGCGUUGGUGGAGGAAGAAACAAGGCGAUACAGACCAACCAAGAAUUAUCUGAGUUACCUGCCCACCCCAGAUUUUUCAGCUUUUGAGACUGAGAUCAUGAGGAAUGAGUUUGAGAGACUUGCUGCUCGUCAACCAAUGGAGCUGCUUAGUAUGAAGAGGUACGAGCUUCCAGCUCCAUCUUCUGGGCAGAAGAAUGACAUCACCGCAUGGCAGGAAAGUGUUAAUAACUCUAUGGCCCAGCUUGAGCACCAGGCAGUGCGUAUUGAGAAUCUUGAACUGAUGGCACAGUAUGGGACCAAUGCAUGGAAAGUGUUUAAUGAUAACUUGGCCUUAAUGAUUGAAAAUGCACAGAAGGAACUGCAGAAGGUCAGGAAAGAGAUCCAGGACCUGAACUGGCUGCGCAAAAAUGAUCAGCUUGCUGGAGGAGCCAAACUUCGGGAACUUGAGUCAAACUGGGUGUCUCUGGUCAGUAAAAACUACGAGAUCGAGCGAGCCAUCGUACAGCUGGAGAAUGAAGUUGCGCUGACGAAACAGCAACAGGGCGACGAGAACAAAGAAAACAUACGGCAGGACUUUUAAUUAAUAAAAUAAUUUCAACACCAUCUUUAAACUGUGCAAACUUUUGUGUAUAUGGAACAAAGUGUUUUUUUUUUUUUUGGUAAAUAUUCAUUUUGCCUGUGAAAAGAAAGUGGUUGUUUUUUUUUUACAUGGAAACAGACUAUAGUAUUGUACUGAUAACAGUUGGAAUGCUGGUGUAGAGAUCAUGAUUGUGCACCAAGACUAAACUAAAGCUCUGGACAUCACUUUGACUAAAAAACUUUUGUGUUUGGAUUUUUUUUGUGUCUUAUGUUUGAUUACCUAAUGUACAAUAUAACUAAAGUUUGACUCGAUUUGUAAUAUUUUUUUAAGAUGCAAAAUAAAAGGCUGAAAUUA